AUGAGUUCUUACGUCGCCAACUCGUUUUAUAAACCAAAUCCCCCCGUUCCUGCCUAUACCAUGCAAAAUUAUGGAAAUUAUGGAAGUGUGCCUGAGGUUCCGUCACUCAGGUACCGCUACACUGACUCGGAUCUCAACAUCCCCCUCCCCUCCUCCGGGGCUACCAACUCCCUCAACGGCUUGGACAUGUCUACAACCCCCCGAGCUAACCCUGAGCGACCUUCUUGUACGGUCAUGGGUUCUUCAGGGCAUCCUUUAAGCAGAGAUGAUCAAGUAUCCCUAAAUCCUGGGAUUUACAGUCAGAAGAGUGGGAACACGACGUUGGAGGAAAGAUCUAAGAGCUCGGGUGAAAUCAAAGCUGAGCCUGGGCAAACAGGACAACAAGGAGGAGCACAACUGCAGCAGCAACAACCUCCACAAAUUUACCCCUGGAUGACCAAACUACACAUGAGCCAUGAAACGGAUGGUAAACGCUCCCGAACCAGCUACACCCGUUACCAAACACUGGAAUUAGAGAAAGAAUUUCAUUUUAACAGAUACCUGACCCGGCGGAGGCGCAUUGAGAUCGCCAACAACCUCUGCCUCAACGAGAGACAAAUCAAAAUCUGGUUUCAAAACCGGAGGAUGAAAUGGAAGAAAGAUUCCAAGUUGAAAAGCAAAGAGGCUCUUUAG